AUGGAACCAGAGGGAUUCGAGGAUUACUAUGCUACCCUAGGACUGCAGCUCGGUGCCUCACCCAAUGCGAUCAGGUCUGCCUUUCAUGCCUUGGCUAUCAAGUAUCAUCCCGAUGGGUCUGGAAUUAGCGAUUCGACCCUCUUUCGUGCUGCGCGCGAAGCCUUUGACAGGCUAACGAAUACUGAGUUCCGCAAGGAGUACGAUAGGACCUACUGGCGUAAGAAGCUCCACAUUGACCCUCCCGCUCCGAGCACUGACGAACAACCUUUUGGUAACACUCGCACUUACCAGUACGAAGCUGAGAUGCGAGAGAGGGCUCGUAGAGCCAGUCCUCCACCGAAGAAGCCCUUCAAGAAGCCUGGUGAUCCUGGAUGGAAAUAUCUGAAUAGCGCCGCGUACCAGAAAUGGAAACAGCUGUCGGCCAGUUACUAUGCCAGGCAUCCCGAGUGCGAGCCUCCUGUCGAUGAGAGUAGGCCUCCAAGCCCUGGUCAAGGCGGUCUGCAACACGGUCUUUUGGUCAAAAUGUCGCACGAGUGUGUGCUGCGCCCUUGCAGAUAUCGGAGUGCGACGUGGAAAGUGCAGCCCGGUGGUGCAGAUCACUGCGUGUUCUGCAUGGAAGCCCGUGUCGGCUGCAGCAGGUGUCCUGGAUGCGAGGCUCUGGCAUGCCAGAAGUGCCUGAAGAAGAUCGCCGAGAUAGAGCAGAACUCAUGCAUUCUGAGCAACAAGGCUCCGUGCGCUACAUCGGGAGGUUAG